AUGUCUCCCUGCUCUCUCCUCCUAUCCCUGCUGCUGGCUGCAGCGCUGCAGUGUGAGCGUGCCCAGUGCAGACGUGUGAUGUGCUCCGACCGCUGCUGCUCCUUCAUAGAGGGCUUCCCCGUCAGACUGAAGGAACUCCGCACCGCCUUCUCCACCAUCAGAGAUUACUACGAGGCUAAUGAUGAGCUGGAGACAGCUCUGCUAGACGAGGGGAUUCUAAACCACAUCAAGAGUCCGUUGGGGUGUCACACUAUGGACGGCAUCCUGAAGUUCUACCUCGGCACGGUGUUGCCCACCGCCAUGAACAACAACAACGUAAAACAUAACAAUGACUUUAAAUCUCCCAUCCACUCCAUCGGAAACAUCUUCCACGAGCUGAAGAAAGAGAUCAACCAAUGCAGGAACUACUUUUCCUGUAAGAAACCGUUUGACAUCAACGACUUAAUCUCUUCAUAUAAAAAGAUGCAGGAUAAGGGCCUGUAUAAGGCAAUGGGAGAGCUGGACCUGCUCUUCAACUACAUCGAGGAGUACCUGGUCUCUCAGAGACGCAAACACUGACCCCUGACCCUUAACCAUUGCCUCAGCCAACCAGGACACACUGACCCUGAGCAUGGACCAAUAAGAAUGACCCAGAGUGCUGUGGGUAACCCGAAAACUCUAUUAACCUCCAACCCCAAACCACAAUGUCUUUGUGGAAGUGAGACUGAAGGACCUUUUUUCUAACGUUCGUAGUCCGUUAGCAACGUUAGUCUUUAAUCCGACUCUUUAGUCCUUCUUGAAGACCAACUCUCUAAAGUCCUGAAGACCUUCUGAGGACCGAAUAAUUAUAAUAUUUAGCCAUUUAGCCAAUGCUUUUAUCCAAAGUACUGUUCAGUACAGUACUGCCUGCAUACAUGUUUGAAUGGGUGGGCCCAGCGGGAAGCCAACCCCUGUUCAUGACGUUGCAGUGCCAUGCUCCACCAACUAAGCCUUCUCUUGGAAGUCCUGAACCACAUUUAGCUUCAGAUUCAUCAUCACUAUCACGUUUAUUAAUCAGUCAUAUUGACUAAAACAUUCUGCUGUAAAGUUUAAUUUGUAUUGCAUCAAUUUUAAUGAUUGACACGUUCUGGAAGUCCUUCU